AUCAGGAAAAUGAAAGCUAAUUGAGGAUGGAAAUUGUGAAAUUGGAAAUUUCGCAAUUAUUAGGUCAACCCGACAUUUAUUGCGGGAUGAAGAGUAUUUAUUUGUUUAUUGCAGUGCAUUUGUCGUAGUUGCAAUAAAUGAAGCUGGAGUUACUAUUGUUUCUGUAUCUGGUAAACUGUGUUGUUUUGUAGUGGUAAUUGUUGAGGAAAUAAGAGUUGAGUUACGAGGUUACUUUUGUGGGGGUUGUAAUUAGUUGCAAUUAGUAAUUUUAAUGUUCAUAGAUUUGUCUUGAUCUGACGUUAACUAUAUCAUUAUGGGUCAUCGGAGUUAAUUCUAGAUAUGGUGACUUGUGUUGAUUGAUUUGCUUAUUAUUUUAAAGCGUUUGAGUUUCUCGACUGUGAUGGAAUCCAUCAGGAAGUUAUUUGUAAUGUAUUCUUUUUCUCUUUCUUGUGUAUAGGAACAAUGAUGGAUGUUUGUUCCCAUGCUUCAGUAGCUUUUUAAAGCAUUAUGACUCUACUUCAACAUACUGAAUCAUUAAUUUGAUUUGGUUUUUUCCUCAACUUGCUGUGGUUUCCAGGGCUAAUGUGUUUGAUUUGAUGCUUUAAGCUUUUGCUUGGUGUAGUUUAAGAAUCUCCCUCUCCCUCUCUCAGACACACGCACACACGCAGCCUGAGUAACACAAAUGGGUCGAAGCAGUACUACUGAGAGUGAAGACGGUGUGCUCUCUGCUGAUUCACCACUAAGCAAUGAUGGUGAUAAUUUCAGCGGAAGUUCAAAUGGUGGGUUUGUUCUCAAAAAAGGUCCAUGGACAUCUGCUGAGGAUGCGAUUUUAGUUGAUUAUGUGAAAAAGCAUGGAGAAGGUAACUGGAACGCAGUUCAGAAACACUCAGGGCUUUUACGGUGUGGGAAAAGCUGCCGUUUACGGUGGGCCAACCAUUUGAGGCCAAACCUGAAGAAAGGAGCCUUUACAUCUGAAGAAGAGAGACUAAUAAUUGAACUUCAUGCUAAGAUGGGAAAUAAGUGGGCACGAAUGGCUGCACAUUUGCCUGGAAGGACGGACAAUGAGAUAAAGAACUAUUGGAAUACCCGGAUAAAAAGACGUCAACGUGCUGGUUUACCACUUUAUCCCCCUGACUUGUGUCUGGAUCCACUUCCGGAGAAUCAACAACAGCUUAGUUCACCUGGAAUAUGUGCUGGAGAUAAAGGAUGUCAUGAGAUCUUGGAGAGCACUGGUUAUGAGACACAUGAUCUCAUGUUUGAUAGUUUCAACUUUUUACCAUACACACCACAAUUUCCAGAUAUUUCUGGCAGUGUUUCGACGAGUAAUGGUUUUGGUUCUCCUCAGUUUUACAGCUUUGCCCAACCUAUCGGAGUGCCUAAACAUGCUCAAGAACCAGAUGAACCCAUGUUGGACUAUGGAGGUGGUGCACCUAAUGAGACACCUCCAUUUGACAGGACUCAAACUGCUAGUUGCACGAACAAAAUGUCUGAGUCUUUUGGUCUGUGUUUCCCAUAUGUUCCUGACCACACCAAGAAACUGUUGUCUUUUGGUGUCGGUCAGGAUAGUGAAAUUAUGUCAAAUGUCAUUUCCUCUGCUUCUAAGCACUCUGCAGGUGCUCAGGAGUUGGAGCUCCCUUCACUCCAAUAUCAAGAGACUGGCAUAGGUCUCUGGGACCCUGCACCUGAGUCAUUGGAUUCUUUUGUCCAGUCUCCGCUACCAGGGCCACUCCCAUCACAUUGUCCUUCUUCAGGGAGCAGUGGCCUCUUAGAAGACUUACUUUAUGAGGCUAAGGCUCUCAGUAAGUCAGAGAAUCAAUCUUCUGAUUGGGCUGCUUCAUCUAACAUGAGCCAUGGAGAUAUAACAGACAGUUCUGCUUUACAAACAUACUCCAGAGAGUUCAAAGGUUAUCUUGACCCCAGUUCCCCAUCAGGUAACUCAAUGGGAUCAAUUUUCAAUGGGUGCACUCCUACUGGUACACUUGGAAGUUCAUUGGAGGAGGACAUGCCUGUGCGCCAUGUGAAAACAGAAGUGUAUGAUCAAAGUUGGCUGCUGGAUGGUCAAAGGGAAAAAAUUAUGGAUCACUUUGAUUGCUCUAGGCCUGAUGCAAUGCUCGGAUCAUGCUGGUUUGAGCACAGUGCUGCUUCCCAUUCAAAUCAACAAGUCUCUGGAACCAAUGCCAUUGCAGCUCGCACUGAGUUGAAGAACACUUCAGCAUCUUCUUCUACCUGGGCCCUCGGUUCUUGCUCUUGGAAUAACAUGCCUGCUGUCUGCCAAAUGCCUGACUUCCCCUGAAUAUUGCCAGCAUAUGUUACUGAACUUCUGGAUAUAUUUGUUGCAAUUUUUGCCAUUUCCUGUGAAGAGAUUAUCACAAAUUAGGUCUUACGAGCACAAUGGUGUUCGAGUCUCUCAGACAUUCCCUGCGUUUUGCUGUUAUGGAUUAAUUCACAGACAAAACUCAAAUCUCUCGUAGAAAAUGUAUCCCUCUACUUCUUGAACCAUAAUUGAUGGCCUUAUUUUUCUCAUUGGAUUCCACUCUGUAAUCUCAUUGAUUGAUAUGGUUGUUUUACCAUCUUCUUCAGAUUAGAGAAGUGAUUGGUAGUUGGAAGCA